ACCACAAUUCAUUUCCUGCCGAUAAGCGAAGUAGAAUCGUAGGCAGUUCCCUUACUAUCUCUAAUAAACACGAAGCCUUGUAGAAGUAAACAGGUUGUUACGAAUCAGGCGAUACUGCUAGACGUCUUUGUAACGCAUAGUUUACUACACUUAGUCAUGACGAGGAGCACUAAUAAACUCUUUUCCAACAAAGUAUGGAUCUGUUUGUUCUUGACCACUGUUUGGGCUUCCCUGAUUUGCAGCCUGCCCAAUGAAAACCGUUCAUCAGAACUAGUUGAGCCGAAGAUUUCGGGAGCUGAUUCGAGUCCUGUCACCACCACUGACAGGCCAUCAACUGAUGAUUUAAUUGAUUACGAUUUUGACACUGGCGAUGAUGAUAACGAUGAUGACGGCCCCAAUCCAGCGAUGGUACAAAGCAUUUCCCCAUAUCAGACUAAUCCGAGCUUUUCGUGUAUUAUCUUACCCAUUUUCCUUAGCGUGGUUGUCAAAUAAAAUGUGACGAUGUA